CUUCCCUGCGCCUGGCUCCGUGCGCGGAUUCCGGAGCCAGCCGCGCUCCCCGCAUUCCUGCUGCCCUUGUCACCCCCACCGGCUCCGGCACCCCCAGCUCGCCCGCGGCCGGCCGAGCGCUGCGGAGCACGGAGCAGGUUGUCGAGUUGCCAUUUGGGGCUCGGGGUCGGAGCCCAGAGCAGCCAUCACAAUAGCGUCCAACAGCUGGAACGCUAGCGGCAGCCCCGGGGAGGGGCAAGAAGAUGGACAGGAGGGAAUGGACAAGAGUCUGGACAAUGAUGCCGAGGGAGUGUGGAGUCCAGACAUCGAGCAGAGCUUCCAGGAGGCACUGGCAAUCUACCCCCCCUGCGGCCGGCGGAAAAUCAUCCUCUCGGACGAAGGCAAGAUGUACGGUCGCAAUGAAUUGAUAGCGAGAUACAUCAAGCUCCGGACGGGGAAAACACGGACGAGAAAACAGGUGUCCAGCCACAUACAGGUUCUAGCUCGGAAGAAGGUGCGGGAGUACCAGGUUGGCAUUAAGGUCUCUAGCCACUUGCAGGUUCUAGCCAGACGGAAAUCUCGCGAGAUUCAGUCCAAGCUGAAGGCCAUGAACUUGGACCAGGUCUCGAAGGACAAGGCCCUGCAGAGUAUGGCCUCCAUGUCAUCCGCACAGAUCGUAUCUGCCAGUGUCCUGCAGAACAAACUCAGCCCCCCUCCUCCUCUUCCUCAGGCUGUCUUCUCUGCUCCCCCCAGGUUUUGGAGCGGGUCUAUCCCAGGACAGCCUGGACCCUCUCAGGACAUUAAACCAUUUGCACAACCAGCCUACCCCAUCCAGCCACCAAUGCCUCCAUCACUAGCCAGUUACGAGCCCCUGGCUCCUCUCCCACCGGCUGCCUCGGCCGUGCCCGUCUGGCAGGACCGCACCAUCGCCUCCGCCAAGCUGCGGCUCCUGGAGUACUCGGCGUUCAUGGAGGUGCCGCGGGAUGCUGAAACGUAUAGCAAACACCUCUUCGUGCACAUCGGGCAGACGAACCCCUCGUACAGUGACCCCCUGCUGGAGGCUGUGGACAUCCGCCAGAUCUAUGACAAGUUCCCCGAAAAGAAGGGGGGCCUGAAGGAGCUCUACGAGAGAGGACCCCAGAACUCCUUCUUCCUUGUCAAGUUCUGGGCGGAUCUGAACAGCACGAUCCAGGACGGUCCUGGGACCUUCUAUGGCGUGAGCAGCCAGUACAGCAGUGCAGAGAACAUGACCGUCACCGUCUCCACCAAGGUGUGCUCCUUUGGGAAGCAAGUCGUCGAGAAGGUAGAGACAGAGUAUGCACGGCUGGAGAAUGGCCGGUUCGUCUAUCGAAUCCAUCGGUCCCCCAUGUGCGAAUACAUGAUCAACUUCAUCCACAAACUGAAGCAUCUCCCGGAGAAGUACAUGAUGAACAGCGUCCUGGAGAAUUUCACCAUCCUGCAGGUUGUUACAAAUAGGGAUACCCAGGAAACCUUGCUCUGUAUAGCCUUUGUUUUUGAGGUAUCCACCAGCGAGCACGGCGCCCAGCACCACGUGUACAAGUUGGUCAAAGACUAGAGGCCCUGUGGGAUGGGCGGGGCGUGGGUGGGAGAGGUCUUUGCGGAGAAGCUGCCCGUGCAGGAUGCCUCGGCGGAAGUCUUUUGAAAACGAGAAAAAGAAAAGCCAAAAAGACUGACUCACAAUCAAAGAUGUUUUCUACUUAGGAACAAUUUUUUUUAAAAAAAAAAGGAAGAAAAAGAAACCAUAGAGCGAAAGGAAGGGCUCAUCCAGAGCUGGAAGGGGAAAGACUUGGCCUUCGUCAUUGCUGAUGCCUACCGCCUGUGUGCCUUUCCCAGCAUGCCGUCCUGGAGCGGCAUGUUCCCACAUAGACCGGCAACCCCUUCUUAAUACCCAGAUGCAUCUCCUUGCUCAGAUAUAAAUGAUCGUGCGCCCCGGCCCAGCUCUGCCUGGCUUCGUUCUGAUGAGUGGGUGGUGCCGAAAUGGCCUUUCAGAAUGGGAUGGAAAGUGGUGGAUGCUGCCUGGUUUAUCAAACAAGACAUGGUCUGGUCUGGAAUCGGGCAAGGGAAAGGGAGAAUUUUUCUGCCCUACUCUGCAGUGGGCUGUGUGCAAAGCCAGCAUAGCCCCCAGAGACGCUGGUCAGGUCUUUGUGUGGAACGUCCCCGUCAGUUAGUUGCAAGUGGGAAUGGUGACUGUAAAACGUGUUAUCACAGCAAUGGCACUGAGUGCUGUAUUUGUUUCAGGAGUGCAGUGAUCCUGCAACACUGUCCCUGGAGCUGUGGUUAUGGAGGUACCACAACAAUAGGCCUAGCUUUAUGGCUCAUGCGGGAGGGCGGUGGUCCCACAGCAGUGUCCCAGAUGUUGGGAGUGUUGGUGUAUCACCUUGGAGCAUGUGUUGAGCCAGUUGAGAGAAGAGGGUCCUAAGUGCAUGGCUGUUUGUGGGAGGUCAGAGCAGGUGGAAGGAGGACCGGAGGGUAGCAGAGGGACAGGAAGGGGCUCCGCUGGAGAAAAGAGCUCUCAGAGGCUAUGGAGACAGUAGUACAAUGUCUGUACUCAGGCAGUCUGAGAGGGCUACGUGCCAGCUGGGCUGCAUGGGGAAGUCCCUGGGCUGGGAAAGGAUGGGAUCACCCAGGAAAUUCUCAAACAUCCCAAGCGACUGGAAGCUUUAAACAACUCUUGCUGAUGUUUUGGCAUCUGACUUCAUGGCAGAGACACAGGAAAAGCUUAGACCAAAGCCAGAAGAUCAGUUUAGCAGGGUAUUAACUUUCCCUACCAACCCUCAUUGCUUUCCUGAUCGUUCCUUUCUGCAGGCAAUGGAGUGGGGUCUACCCAUCCACCACACUGGUACCUUAUAACCCACCUCCCAUUAUCCCCAUUAGUCAAAGCCACUGGUGGUGUAAACCACACAAUUCCCUGGACUUCAGGGGUGUCGCAUUGGCUGAAAUCUGGCUACGUGACUGUGACAAAAUGGAAGGUGCUGAUAUGGCUGGAGUACCCUUAAAGAGACACUGUUGGGUAGGGAAGAUCCAAAUUUUAGGAUUUGUAAUUUAAAGGGGCAGUUGGGAGAGUUGCCCAAACUUGAAUGGUAACAUUUUUUUCAUAAUUUUUUUAAAAUUAGGUUUUAAAAUACGUAUUUUUUAAAAAAGGGAGUGUAUUUUGAAUUGGGGUUGAACUCUCCUGCCCCUGCAGCAUUUGCAGCCCAGCCUUGUGAAAGUGACUGAAACCAAAGUGAAACUGACGCAUAUAGUGUCAGUUCAGAUGCAGGAACAGGACAACUAGCAAAACAAAAAGAUGCAAAAUGGAUCUGAGUGUGGAAAAAUCUGGUUUGAACGACCUCCGGGGUUAUUAGCUGGGAAAGAUGUUUGUCUGGGGUUUUGUAAAAAUCCAGGCCCCAGCGCUGUGUGUCUGUACAACACCUAGCACAGUGGGGCCCUGCUAAGGCCACUCAGUGCUACUGAAACAAAGCAGAAUAAAAGAUGAGUGUCCUCUUCUCCCCCUGAAGUCAGUAGGAGGUUGGGCUCUCCGCACCAUCCAGGCUUAGGCCCAGGGGUUUUUACUCAGUAGUGUUCCUCUCAUUAUUCAUUUGUGGCUUAAUAGUAAGUAAUAGGGAAAUGGCAACAGCAUUGUGUUUUCCUACCCUAAUUUACAUACGUAAAUUUCCCAUCCCUUCCUCUUUAGCAUUUUCAGUCUGACUUUUUUUCGGUUUAAGCUUUUCCCUUGCCCCAUCUGCCCUUCCCACAGCCUCACGCACUUCCCAGCAUGCUUUCACACUGAACUGCCUCUCCUAUGCCCUUUCCAAUCCCCGCUGAGGGACGUGGCUUUUCCACUGAGGAGCUCUGAGCCUGUUGCUGGAAAUAGGGAUUUCCUUUGUGAACUUUGUUGCUAAGAGGGGAGAGCUAUCUGGGGCUGUGUUUCAGGGAGGAGGUGGUACUGCAGGAGGGAGUUAGGAGUGGAACCUGCUUCUUUUCUCACUAAGGCAAGUGAGUUGGCGGAGGCUGGAGCAAGAGAGAUUGCUAGCACAAAGAGGGGGAAUGGAUGGGCCUGCUAGUGGCUGGAGUCAUGGGGUCCUUAAUGCCCAGCUAGAUUAGCUUGUAGGCCUGAUCCCAGCGAGGCUGCUGUAAGGGGAGGUCCCAGUGCUGGAAAAAUGUCCGUCUCCUAGGAGACUGCAGAUCUCUGGAAAGGGACCCAAAGAGAGCAGGGGUCUUUGAGAUGGUGCCUGAAGGAAGAGACUGGCCAUAUCAGACGGACGGGGAUUGUGCAGAUCUCAAGGGUUUGAUGCAUGUAAGUGGCAUAGAUGUAGUGGAAAGAGAGCAACUGUCCUUAGGAUCCUCUCCCUUCCUCCCCAUCACUCUGCAGACUUCUCUUCCUUUCUCUGUCUUCAGGAGGGGGCCUGCGCCGAAUGAAGGGGGACAAAGGGGGAUCUCACAGACAUGUGAGCCCUCCUGCAUUGUGCUGCUUCCUAAACUGGUGGGUUAAUGGCUUGUCAUUUCAUUGCUGCCUUCCGCCCUCCCUCCUGGGAGGAAAGUGAGAAGAUCAGUGCUGGGUUGAGGAUGCAGAAGGGAGGGGAAGGGGAUGUUAUGGAGACUGACAUUUCAUUGCUUCAUACCCUGUCUUUCCCAGCCGACUUAGCCUCACUUUCAAGGGGCUCAAUCUUCAGUUUUGACCCAUUUCUUCUUCCUUUCUAUCUCCCCCACUCAAGCUAGGGAUUGAUUAGCAUGUUGUUCUGAUGACUAGAUGCCCAGACAUUGCUUGGUGGCCAGGUGCACAGUUAUUGCAUAGCUAGCUAGGUAGGCAGGCAGCCAAGCUAUGGGCCUUUGAAUCCAAUAUGGCGGUCCUGGGUGCUGCCGUGUGGGAAUCCAAUAUGGCAGCCCUGGGUUUCUGUGACAGGAGGAACUGUCAGGAGCACUGAGGGAAUUGUGAAGAGGGAGCAGGUUUCCAACCCGUGAAGGAGACCAUCUGUUGGUCAGAGUUUUUCGAGUACAACGUAUUGAACUAUUCUAGUAACAUUGAAAUUGGUGCCACCCAUGGGUGUCCUGGAAACACCUACCCAGGGAGUCUUGACAGACACUCCUGUGCCCACGUGAGCCUGAGGAGCCACUGGGACCGUUGACGGGACGGCCUGUCGGAACCAGAGCAGUAAUACUGCAAAGCCCAGUGCACUAGCUCAGGAAACAUACCUUACUGCAGAGAAUACACAGCGGCGGUGGGGAGCAAACCGCAGGCGCUGAAGUUCUAAGGACUGAUGGUACGUGGAAUUGAGGGCGAAGGCGUUUGGAGGCUCCCAAGACUGCCAUCCCUCCACCCCGAGUUAGUCUGAGCCUUGGUCCCCAGUCCCCUUGGGUGGGUAGAGCAAAUGUCCCAGGCUCCCUGUCCCCCUUGGCAUGGGUGGUGGUGGUGAUAGUGCUGGGAGAGUAGCUGUCUCAGUGGCACAAGCUUCUUUCCUCAGAAGACUCAGUCAUGGGUGGCUGAUUCUCAAAGGCCGAGCGCACUGAUGUCUGGACGCUUCGGCCCACCUCUAGCUGCAGGGUAGGGAACAGCUGGAGUAGCUCUAAUGGGAGGAGGAGGCGCGGGGAGCUGCAGUCUAUGCAGUUCGAGAGGGGGAGAAUCCUGAAUCCCCAUAGUCCCAGGCAACUCUCCCUUUCUGUGCCCGUGUUACAGUGGUGGGGAGACCUGGCUGGGUUUAUUAUAUGUAGCAUGUUUGUUUGUUUCACUCGCAGAUCUAAAACUCUGGGAAUUGAGGUUCAGCCCCUGCCCCACCCCCUUUUCCAAGCAUUCCCGUCAGCAUGCAGACACGCAACAAUGCCCCCCUGCUCUUCCCCUUCCUAAACCUGCCUUCUCGAGAGAGGGUGCUGUAUACACUCCUGAGCCAGGCUCCUGUCCCCUCGCCGAGGGGAGGGUGAGGGGAGUUUGCUCUGGUACCCGAGUUGGGCUUUAUAAAAACCCAACCCAACCCCACCCCUCCUUUUGUUUUUGCCCUGUUCCCGCACUGGGCCAGAGCCCCGUUUGAAAGAAUCUCUUCUUAAACUGGACUGUUUUAUGUUUCUUAGCCCUUCGUCUGCAUCCUUCCCUCCCUUGUAAUCUCAGAGCAUCAUACAGUAGAUCCGCUGCCUAGUUCCCUGGCUGGUCUCACACGCCCUCUGACCUCUGGUUUGCGGACACAAAUACACACACGCGUGCUGCCCGUUAGCCCGGAUGCCGCUCACCCCUAAGGGACAGCAGCAGAGAUGCCAAGUGCUUGGCUCUCCCGUAACGGGACUUAAACAGGUACCCAGAGACUCUUAAUCAAUAACCAAGCCCCUUCCUUUCUUCCGCCCCCAUUAUAUUUAUGAAUUUCACAUGAAGUACUGUUUUAUUUUUUUAAAGACUUUGUAAAGCUUACCAGGGUUAUGGUCACCAUUUGUAGAGCUGUGUCAGUCCACAAUGUAAAACCAUUUUUUAUGUAUUAUAUUUUUUGUGUAUUUUUUUAAUCCAGCUGUGAUGGGUUGUAUCAUAUAUUUGUUGUGUUUACUGUAUCUGUCCAACUUCAGCGAGAUGAGACAGUGGAGCUCCUACAAAACUAUGGGUCUGCUGAAAACCAUUAAAAUUAUUUGUUCAUGGGUUGGCUCAA